AUGGAUCCAUCACAAGCAUCGGAUGAGGGAGAGGAAAGAAGAAGAUUACCAUCAAGAAGUACUCGUGGUAAAAGACUGACAGAACUUGAAGGAAUUGAUAAAGAUGUUGAUGACGAAUUUUGGAAGAUGAACAUGUUUGCCGAAGAUGAAGGAGACAAUGAAUUUGAAACAACGGAACAAAUAUUGGAGGAAGAACAAGAUUAUGAAGAUUCGGAUAUGGACGAAUAUACUUCUGAUGAAGAAGGAGAACAACAAAGAGCAAAUAAUGUAGAGAAAAAGAUUGCUAAAGAAGAACGAGAAACUAAAAAGAGAAAGAAUGUAUACAAGGAUGAAUCUAAAUCAAAGAAGAAGAAAUCAACAGAUAAAUCAGCAGCAUCAACUGUGGAAAAACAACCUAAAACACCUAAAGCACCAAAAACACCAAAAACAACUUUGCCAGUAGAAAUGAAGAGAUCUUCCAGACAAUCAACAGUGAAAGCUACAGAGGCUACAGAUGAGAAAAUUAAAGCUAAAACAUCAAAGACAAAAACACCAAAAGCUCCAAAGGAAUUGAAAAAAUUCACACAAGAGGAAUUAUUGGAAGAGGCAAAAAUAACUACAGAAGAGAACAAGAAGAGUCUUUUAAAAUUGAGACAAACUGAGGAAGAUGUUAAAAAAAAGGCUAGAGAUUCAAAAUCAAAGAUGAUUGAUCCAUAUGAGCCAAGAGUUAAAUAUAUUUCAAAGAUGGGAACAAAUCUUAUUGAAUUUGUCAACCAUGGCAUUCCACAAUGUAUUAAUCAGAAAAUGCCAGAUGAGGAAGUCAAAAGAUUCAAUAUUCCAAAGGAGGAGAAACAACUCAAAUGUGUAAUAACAGGUUUACCAGCAAAAUAUAUUGACCCACUAACUCGUAAACCAUAUGCUAAUGUUGAGGCUUUUAAGGAAUUAAGAAAAAUGAAAAUAGAAUAG